AUCAUGACCCUCUACAGGGUCUCAGACUAUUCACUAUUCCUUCUUAAACGUGGACAAGCACCGGAAGUGGAUGGACCUGCUUCUGGCCAUGGCCCUUGGCACCAGGCACUCGGACAUGGAGUUGAACGAGGGCACGUCCUCCCACGAACCGGACUAUACGGGCUACGUGCUGGCCCUCAACGGCCACAAGAAGUACCUCUGCCUCUUCCGACCUGUGCACGUGGACGACAAGGAGGACUCCAGCAGGUCAUCUGACGAGGACGCCAGAGCUCCCCGGGCAGGGGUGAAGACGAGGUCCAAGGGCAGCUCCCGGCGGCAGACUUCCUCCACGCCGCAUGUGUGCAGCAAGCUCGAGCGACUGAGCCUCUGGAUGGAGAGGCUGAUGGAGGGCAGUCUGCCUCGGCACUACGUCCCAUCCUGGCCUGACCUGGAAGCCCUGCAGAAGUGACCAGGCUGACGGGAUGCCGGGAGUCUGGGCCGGUACGUACGUGCCUCUGUCCAGUGCUCACAGUUGCAGCAGGUGUGGGGAUCGCAGGGGGAGUUUAUGAUAAUGGGUAGCAGGCUUUAUUCAUGACUGUGAGAUGACCGUCAGUACACUCUGUCUAAGAUGUGAGGUUUCGUUAGGGGAUUGUUACUGUUUUAUUGGAUUAUGCACUGAAUCACUAGCGAGCUUGUUUUUGGAGCGCUGCGUGUGUGUUUUGCUGUCAAAGCAAGUGCUGCACUACCAAUGAAUUUAAUUUCCAAAGACCUCAUUUGAACUGCUGCUUUAUGCUGUAGGAACUAGUGUCUUAAAUGGUUUUGCCCUGGUAGGGAAGAGGAGAAAGCCAUCCCAAUACUCUGAGGGUACUUUUGUUGUUUAAUCCCGGGCCUGUAAGUAAUUUAGAAUCUGCUCGUUCCUGUUCAUACUAGACUCUUUGAACUGUGUAACAGCAGAUUCAGAAACGGUACCAAAUGGAUUAAUGGCCUGAAUAGUAGUCCAAAUGUCAUGUGUGCAGGAGAUUAUUUUAACUACAAGCAUUUUUUUAUAAUGAACAAAAAUCACCUCAACUAUAAGAUGAAUUCAAGGUGCAACGUGUAGGGUAUCUAAGGGACGUGCGUGUCCAUUUUCCUGAGGAUCAUGCUGUCGAGAUGUGAACUAAGCACCUGAGCUAGAUUGAUCGUCUUUUACCAUCUGGUCGGUGAAUCCAUGGCCAGACACGCGCGCCAAAAUUGACCAGUACCGCUAAAGCGCCUGUGAGAGUUUCCAGCUGGUUGGGCAAAAGCUAUUUUGGAAACUGUGCUGGCAAAUCACUGCCAGUCACUUAUAGGUGUUCAAAACCGAGCACUGUUUAACUGCUUUUUGAAUAAAUUAGUCUACUAAAUUAACGUCGUUUAGUUCUUCCUUAUGAGUAAGAUAUGUACGUGCGUGCAUGAAAUGAAAUGUCACGGUUGCCUUGAAGCUUUGUUUGGGAGACUUGACUCGUUUCUAGACGUCACCUUUCCUUUAACCCUUAAAUUCAGUUUAUUUUAGGCACCUUUAAUGCCUUUCCCCCCUGCAUGUUGCACUUUGACAGCUUUUUAAAUGUUCUAUGCUUGGGACAUUUUCAUUAAAAAAAAAAGACUUCAGUGCAAUGGUUUACAAAAUGUUAUUUGACCGUAUUGCAUCUAAAUGACUAAUUCUCAUAUGAAACAGCAUAUGAAAAUCAGGGUUUAGGAUGUUGAAUACCCACAUCCCCUUUAUUUAAAAGAUGUUUUAUUUAUAAGAUGUUUGUCCUGUUUUCCCCCAAAAAUGUUUAACUUAAAUAAAGUUUACACAAAGGC